AUGGGUGCCAAUCUCUGGAUUCUCGUCUGGGUCGGGGAACCGCUGGACUACCCAAAAUACCGACACACCGCGAUAUACGUCGAGUUUGACGACCACGAAAACAAAAACAGAAACAACGGCACCCUAUUCCACGUCAUCGGCGCACUGGGCCUCUUCGAGUUUCGCGAGAACCCAGACUAUAAUCCCGCAGGGGACUCGAACCUCCGCAAGAAGGUCGAGGUGGGACGUGUGCCGGACCAGGUGUCAUCACCUACACUACGGUCCGUCCUUGCGGCCACCAAUGUGCGGAAUAGCAACCAGGACGCUGAUUGGAAUUGUCAGAACUGGGUGGGCGAUGCGCUCCGGCGAUUAGUUGGUCUGGGUUGGCUGAGCACUGAGCAGAUGGAUGUCGCGCUUGAUGCGAUGGUGGACGCCUGUCUAGAGGCUGAGGAUACGGAGUAUUGA